AACAAAUUUUUGAAAUUUAGAAUAAUAACAAGUCUUUUUAAAUUUUUUGAAAUUCUAUUUGCACCUAAAUUUUUAUAAUCACACUUCUUUUUAUUUAAUCUAAGAAAGUCAAUAUUGGGGCAACGUAAUUGAGUGUAGAGAUCAAGAAAUGUCAGGGCGUGAAUGCUGUGAGAACCCACCGGCUUUGAGGUCAAGUAGCGGAAAUGGGUGUGUGUUACAACUUGGAAGCUUCAACACUUACGUCUCUGGUCCUUCCACUUCCAAACGCGCCAUCCUCCUUAUCUCCGACGUUUAUGGUUAUGAAGCCCCAAAUCUGAGGAAGCUUGCUGACAAAGUUGCAGCUGCAGGAUACUAUGUGGUGGUUCCUGAUUUUCUUUAUGGUGAUCCUUAUACUACCGAUAAACCAUUAUCAAUCUGGAUACAAUCUCAUGGAACAGCUAAAGGAUUUGAAGAUGCAAAACAGGUUGUUGCAGUUCUCAAAGAUAAAGGUAUAUCUGCAAUUGGAGCUGCAGGGUUUUGCUGGGGUGCAAAGGUGGUUAUUGAGCUUGCUAAGUCUGACUACAUUCAAGCUGCAGUGCUAUUGCACCCAUCGUUAGUGAAGGUUGAUGAUUUUAAAGAGGUGAAGGCACCAAUAGCUAUUUUAGCUGCUGAGAUGGAUAAAAUCUCUCCUCCAGAGCUUAUUAAGCAGUUUGAGGAGAUUUUAUCAUCAAAACCUGAGGUGGACAAAUUUGUCAAAAUUUUCCCUAGUGUUAAGCAUGGAUGGACAGUGAGAUACAAUGUUGAAAACAAAGAGGCUGUGCAGCAUGCUGAAGAAGCCCAUCAGGACAUGUUGGGUUGGCUUACCAAGUAUGUCAAGUACAGUCAGAAGGGAAGUGGACUUAGCAGUGUCCGAGGUCCCCGUUCCUCUAUGUGACUUGACUAUUCUUAGAUGACACAAGCAAACAACUACAAUGAAUUUGCAGUUUUCUUCAUCAGUAUUCCAUACUCUGUGAGCGUAGUGAUUCUACUUUAGAGUUAUGUUUGGCUCCAUAAACAAGACAUAAGAUGUACACAGUUUAAAUAUGCUCAUGACAAUGUACCAUCACCAAGUUGUCGGACAUGUACUUCCCAACUUGCUGAUUGGCCUUAAAUGAUUCCUAAGCUGCGUAUAACCUGGACAAAACAUUCAGAAACUUGUCGAUAAGUCCAAUAGCCAGGCUACACUUGUCCAAGUGGAGUCAACUUACACUCCUUCACCGGAAUAUUACACGGUGUAGAUAGUUUUUUUUAUAUUUUUAUAAUCCAUAAGUACUAAAAAUUUAAUUCCCU